AUGCGUAAAAAACAAAUCGUGAAUGAAAAUGUUAUUCACACCUUUCCAGACUCGGAAUCGACGGAAAAAAUAUUAGAAAAUUUUCCGACUGGAGUGACACCUAUGGACGAUAAUUUAGAAGAUCAAUUGGUUAUAUCAAUGGAUAAUUAUCAAGAUGAAGAAGAUCGUAAAGCGAUGGUGACACGUCCCGUGGGUUUAGCAAUUUACGUAUUAGCUGCAUUUGGAAUAGUACCAUUGAUUUUGGCUGUGGCAUUUGCAUCUAGAUUUUUAAUGCAACGUUUUCAAAGACGGGUGUGUGUGUAA